CAUUCAAAAAGCCCACUUUGGGUUGGUUUUGAGGAGAAUUGGGGGAAGGGACCCUUUUCCUUGUUCUCCCCCGAGAAAAGCCUCUGAGAGGACUGCCCUUUGCGGAGUGGGGUAAAUUCAAUCAUUGAAUUUCUCUGCUGUAUAUCUGCCGAUUUCUUGCUUUUGUUUGACCGUUCCUGCCUAGAUUCGCACAAGAGGGAUCACUUGAAGGGUUUGGUUGCUCUCACAGCAUUAGGGGAAUUCAUCUGCAUCAUCUUCUAUCGCCCUAUGAUGCUUAAGCUCACACAGUGACUUCCUGGAAUGAUUCUGAUAUCAAUAUCCUAGGAUAUGUAUUAGGGAAUUUUAAUCUGUCUGGGAUACACUCAUGAUUUGAACAGGUGAAAUGCUGAUCCAGAGCUCCCUUCCUAAUUCUAUCAGUACACCACUAUCUUUCGCAUCUGAAUAUGAAGAACAACAGAACAUGGACUUAUAUGAUGAGUCACACUAUGGUGAAACUUGGCAGAGGUCUCCAAUUUGUGAUGAAUGCCCGUUGGAUAGCUGCAGGAAAGCUAUAACUGUUGGAGAGGAAGAAAGCAAAUUAGUUAGUUCACGGUUUAUAGAAUUCUCAACCUGUUCUGAUAUAUCAAAUGUGAACAAAAUGUGUGCCAGUUCUGUGCCUAAGCGGGACAGUCUCGUCUACAAACGAAGGAAGUUGCAGAGGAACACUGUUGCUCUUCUAUCCGAAGAAAAUGGAACAGAAAGUACCAAAGAGAGCGCCAGCUAUCAUUCUAGCAUAACUUCUGAAGACCAUCCCUUGAGAGUCCACAAUGAUGGCCUUGACACAAAUACGACUAUACUUGUAAGUUCCAGAGAUACUCAUGAUAAUGGAAAUUUAUCAAUAAAUGAACAAAUCAAUCUACAGGAUCCAUCUCCCAAUGCUGCGCCCAGUAAUAGUUCUAUUCAAGAUGACAAAGUGCAUGUAGAAUCAUUUAUCAGCUGUCUUCAGAAAUCUUCUCCAGAGCACAAUGCUGGCACAAUUGACCGAUGUUCAUCAUCAAAAUCUAUCAUUGGACAUGCUUCAGAUCUCAUAAAAAAUGAGGUGGAUGACCCUGGUGAGUGCUCUUCAUCAGAUAAUGUUGGUGCAGAACUAUUUUGGGAGUUUACCUCCGCAAAAGAGUUAUGCAUCUCUGUGCUUAAACAUCAUGGAUUGCUUGGGGGAGUACGGGAUACCAGUGCAUGUACUUCUUUAGAAGUUCUGGGCGAUGACGAUGCCAUACCUUCUCAACCAUGCAAAAUAUGCAGUUAUUUGGGAAACCCUUUGAAGAUGCUAAUUUGUGACAAUUGUGAAGAAGCAUUUCAUGUGUCUUGUUGCAUUCCUAGGGUACGAAAACUACCAGUUGAUGAAUGGUAUUGUCAGCCUUGUUCCAAAAAGAGACCAAAGUCUGUACCAGAUCACAAAUCUGGAAAAUCAAUCAAUAUCAUGGGCGAAACGUCUGGGCAUAGGAAAAAAAUGUCUAAUGGGGAUCUAAGUCCAAUAUCUUUCAUGUUGAGCGACCGUGAGCCAUAUACAUCUGCGGUUCGAAUUGGUAGAGAUUUUCAAGCAGAAGUUCCUGAGUGGUCCGGUCCAAUCUUCAAUGAUUGCGAUUCUUACUGGGAACCCUUGGAAGUGGAUCCUGCUGAAUAUUUUAGUCUGGAUGGUUGGAACUUUUACAAGCCAUCCAAAUCCACUUCUAUUGGUAAUUGGGUUCAAUGUAGGGAGGUGAUUUAUACAAGCGAGAAUGAUGAGGGGACUAUAUGCGGGAAGUGGCGUAGGGCACCUCUUUUUGUAGUUCAAACUGAUGAUUGGGAUUGUUCUUGUGCUGUACUUUGGGAUCCAAUGCAUGCUGACUGUGCUGUUCCUCAGGAGCUGGAAACAGAGACCGUUCUCAAGCAUCUAAAGUAUAUAGAGAUGCUGAGGCCGCGUCUAGCCAACAAGCAGAAAUCUGAUCAAGCAAGAAAUAAUGGUCCUGAGCAGAGUAACCUUUUGAAAGGUGAUGAUCCAUGAAAGUUAAUUGUGUGAUAUGCUAUGCAUUUCGCACAAUUGAGUUGUAUUAUUAGAGAGCUAUGCAGUCAUUCCAAUUGUGCUAGCAUUAUUUGCUGUAUUUUAUCCGAGUGGCUGCACUUUCACAUGGGCAACUAUAAAGACAAACAACCCGCUGUUUGUACCACCUGGAUAUGCUGACUUUUAUGACCAGUUUUGAGGAUUGGCAUCAACAGAUAUUUUAGUAAUCACCAUGGCCUGGCAAGGUCAAUUGUAAUAGUGGAGAGGCAACUGGAUUAAAAAUUAUAUAUAUCUGAGCAUUAUGUUAUAAUGUUGAGCCCCCUAUUCCUUUUC